AUGUUCUCCAACUUUUGCCCCACAGUUGUUCUGCUGUAUGAUGCUUUGGCGUGGUAUGUGAAUAUGCCAAAGGAAAUUCACGGUCUCAGAGGUUCCUGUCUGGUCAUACCAUGUUCUUUCAGCUACACAUCAAACCCACCCACAAACCCACAUAGAAUUGUGUGGUAUCAGUACGUCUCUAAAGGUUAUCCUUUAGUUUACGAUCCAUGGUAUCCAAAUGAUGUCAUUGAGAAGUUCAGAUGGAAAACUAGUUUAUAUAUUGAUACUUCAAGAAGGGAUUGCAGUCUGUUGAUUGUAGGACUGGAUCUGUCUCAUCAUGGAGAGACAUUAUUCACAUGGAUUGACCCUGAAAAUGUGGGGUAUCGCACCUAUGCAUUUUAUGAUGUCACCUCAAAAAUUAUUGUCGAUGAUAGACCACAGCUGCCCAGCAUCAGUAUUUAUGGAGGUGAGAAGACAGGUGAUGCCAUCACAGUAGUAUGUUCAACUUCCCACACGUGUCCAUACAGCAAACCAUCCAUCACUCUGAACGGUAUAGACGGAUAUGAUCAAAUCAACGAUGAGUCUUUUAAAGACGGCCUGUGGAAAAUCACUCUGACACGCAAAGGUUUUGUAAAGGCAGAGCGCUCGACCAUUCGGUGUUCAGUAACACAUCAUGGUGACAUAACAGUGACAGCUACAGAGAUCAAAAGUGCAAAAUGUGUUCAUCAUAAAAUAACAAUUGAGCCUGAAGUGGCAGAUGUCACAGAAGGUGUCACAAAGAACUUUGUUUGUAGUGUCCACCAUUCCUGCCAGAAAGAGCCAACCAUCACAUGGAACUAUAACAUGCAGGUCACAACAAAGGAAAAAACACGUUCGGGUUUAAAUUGGAUCAGCUAUUCCAACAUUGCCUUUCUGGCUACAAAAGAAGACCGUGGGAAGAAGUUGAUAUGCACUGCACAAUUUUCUGGAGGAAGCAUUACAACUUCUGCUAUUUUACAUGUAAAACGUGUUCUGCUGUAUGAUGCUUUGGGAUGGGAAGUGAGUAUGCCGAAAGACAUUCACGGCCUCAAAGGUUCCUGUCUGGUCAUACCAUGUUCUUUCAGAUAUAAAUCAAACCCACCCAAAAACCCACGUAGGGUUGUGUGGUAUCAGCGGGAUUCUAAAGGUUUACCUUUAGUUUAUGAUCCUUUGCAUCCAAACAAUGUCAGUGAGAAGUUCAGAGGAAAAACUGAUUUAUAUGGAGAAUCAGAUUGGGAUUGCAGUCUGCUGAUCAAAACCCUGGAACCGUCCCACAAUGGAGAGAAAUUGUACACAAGGAUUGACCCUGAAAAUAUUGCUUGGCAAAACUAUGAAACUGAUGAUGCUACAUCUACAGUUCUUGUUGAUGCGACUCCACAGCUGCCCAGCAUCAGUAUUUCUGGAGGUGAAAGAACAGGUGACACCAUCAUUGUAGUAUGUUCAGCUUUCCACACGUGUCCAUACAGCAAACCAACCAUCACUCUGAACGGUAUAGAAGGAUCUGACGAAAUAAAGGAUGAGUCUGUUAAAGAUGGCCUGUGGAAAACCACUCUGACACGCACAGGUGUCGUAAAGACAGAAAGCUUGACUAUUCAGUGUUCAGUAACACAUUAUGGUGACAUAACAGUAACAGCUACAGAGGUCAAAAGUUCAAAAUGUGAGUAA